UGCAGUGGCAGCGGCCGCUUCCGUUUCCGGGUCGCCCUGGUGGCGGGCUGUUGAAGAACUGUCGUUAUGGAGCUUCUGGGAGAGUUUGUGGGACGAGACGGGAAGCAGCAGCGGCUCCGAAUAACUUGCGAGGUGCCGAGUGAGUCUGGUCGCUUCCAGGGACUGCUUUCGGGAUUGGCGCAGAUGAGGGAGCAGGUGACCGAGCUCCUCAAAACUGUGGAAGGAAAGGAGGUACAAGACCCGGCGGCGGCUGGAGGCUCCACCUCAGCUUCGGAGGGUGAAGACGAUGGGGCUGAAGAUGAAGAAAGUAACACUCAUAGCAAAAUUUACUCACCUGGACCACCUGCAAAACGGAUAAAACCCUUACAUUUUGAUAAUAGUCUUGAAUCUAGUUUUGGAGUAAAAAACUUUGGCUAAAUCUUGAUAUAAAUAUUUGGCAUAUAUUGAGAUUUUGCGAAAUUUGUACUUGGAUUUUGGAAAUGCAUGUGUUUUUACCUUCUUGGCCACUCUGUCAAAGAAAAAUGUUUCUUUUGUGUAUUGCCAACCAAAAAAAAAUAUGAUGGAUGUUUGGAAAUAAAAGCAGUCCUCUUGGGUGAGGAUAUCAUUCAAUCAGCAAGCAUUUAUUAAGCACCUGUUAGACGCUGGUCACUGAGGAUACAAAAAUUAAACAGUUUCUUCCCUUAAGGAGUUUACAUUCUGCCAAAGAGAGAUAAGAUGAACACCGAUGCAGAAGUACAAGAUACUGUAACAUCUGGAGCUGGAAAGAACUCCGGAGGCCAUCUGAGCCAACUUCUUGGCUCAGAUUUUACAGAUCUGAAGCCUAGGGGAAUUAAGCAGCUUGCCCAAGUCAUACACACACCUGCAGGGUUUGAACCCAGGUCUUCUGAUUCCAGAACCAUUUCUCAUAACAUUAUACCACAUUGCCUCCACAUAUACAAAAUAGUUUUGAGGGAAAGAAAAAUAGACUAACAACUGGGGAUAUAUAAGGAAAGGCCUCUUGAAGGAGGUGGACCUUAAGCUGUACCUUAAAGGUGAGCUAAAGGUUCAAGAUGGAGAGCUGUUAAAGAAAAGUCCUCCUGGCACAGGGACUGAUAGCUUGUGCAAAGAGAGAGAAGAUGACAUGUUGCUUUUAGGGAAGAAAAAGUAGGCCAGUUUAGCUAAAAUAAAGGAUACGAGAGUGGGGAGUCAAAUGAUCUGCCUGCAAAGUGAGGUUGGAUUCAUAUUGUGAAGCACUUUAAUAUAAAUUUUAAAUUAAAAAAACCUGACAAUAUAUUUAACAUGGUUUGCAAAAUCAUCCCAAGUAGCAACUUAACAAUUUUAAAUAUUUUUUUCUAAAAUAACAUGUUAAAUUUGAAUAAUGUUCCAUGGUGACAUAUAAAUAUAAGUUAUAACCAGACCCUAUCCUAAUGUUGUGAAAUACCCAGAGACCCUGUAAUGUUUUUGCUUGUCAUCACAUUUGUGCAGAACCAAUUAGUGACGUUAGGGAGGGUAUAUUUGUAUCUUCUAGCUGUUGCUUUUGUUAUGUAUAAAGAACAUGUUAUGUCAUGAUUUGUGAGUGAUCACAUUGCAAAGAGCUAAGCUUGUGCACGCUUUAAGCUUAACUACUAAAUAUAGGAAUGACAGGACUUUAGAAGACUGAGUGGAAGGAAAAGGGAACUGAGAAAUGAAGAAAAGGGGAAACCCUUGGAUGACACCCCAAGAAAAUCCUGUGCUCCUUAUUGACUUCAUCUUGUGAUUAAAUACUUCUAUAAAAUUGCUUUUAGGAGAGACACACACACACACACACACAAGUGUACAGGGUAUAGCUGUUCUACCAUCACACAUACACACACACACACACACAUACACAGUAUAGCUCUUCUACCAUUACUUCUUAGCUUCCAGAGAUAUAAGCAUUACUUUAUAACUACCUGAAUUGUGGAUUUUCUAAGAGCUCAUUCGUUAAGAAACAUCAAGCUAGUACUAUAUUGUAAAAGCCUGCUGGGCUGUUAUUAUCUGUGCCAAAAUUUUAUAAAUUAAAAAAGCGCAAAUGAAGUCUUUGGAA